CGUGUAUAUCAUUUUGGCCGCACGUGUGGCGACCCCGACAUACCUGUGUUAGCACAGGUACGUCGGUCUGAGAUCGUGCCCAAAGAGAUCGUUGAACAGUGGGAAUACGUAUGCAUUGAUAACGACCACACUUUAGAUGGCAACACUCACAUCAGGUGCGGACCAAACGGCAAAUGGCUAAACGAGUUUCCCACGUGCCUACCGCUGGCCACCUGUAAGGCCAUGUCAUUUGACCUGUUGGAUAAAUCGAUCGAGGUGAAAUACGAGUCGGUGAUUUACGGCGCUGGGGGCGAAGUGAAUGUACCCAACGGCAAAAUGGCUCAGUUCACCUGCACUAACGCCAACCCUCUCAAGCCGGGCAGUGGUAAACAGGGGUACCAUUUGAAUGGCGUGUCCCGAGUGCUGUGCCGUAACGGCGAAUGGCUGGGCCUAACGGCCACCGAUCGGCCCCAUUGCACACCCGACUCGUCCAUGACAUCGGUGUCCAAACGGGUGAUCCGUGUGCUGUCGGCCGUACUCUUGGUAUGUGUGCUCUGUAUUGUAUGUCUCGUGUAUCACAUGUUUAGGGCCCGUAAGGCCCGACACGAGCGCAAACUCCGCGAGAUUAAGGCCCGACUGGAAAACGACUACUGCUAUGAGGGCUACGACAAUGAGUACAUUGAGACCACCUUAGAUGCCGACUCCGCCUACGAGAAACCCGAGUCCGACUACUAUUACACCUCAAUAACGAGCAAUGAUUUGCAUAAUAACCUUAGACUACAGCCAAACCCUAUCUAUUGUGAGGACAACAUGUCUAUGAAAUCCGAUUACAAUGAGUGCCAAAAAGCAAACUCUAUCUAUAGUCUCAAUAAUACUAGAAAUAAUCAUGAUCAAAAUGGAUGCGAUGAAUUAGACCAGGAGUGCUCUUGCGGUACAAUAGCCCGACCGCCCGGUAUUGAGCUUACGGUUAGACAGAGUCCCCAAAACAUGAGUAUUUCUCAAGCAAACCAAUUGGCCAGAUAUAAUGACAGCACUUUGAAACAUAACGAGCACUUGACCCGUGUCUGGUACCAGUGCUCCGAUCCUAACAACCUGUUGGUCGGCAAUCGGGUCCGCGAGUGUCGGAGCGGUAAAUGGAUGGGAAGUGUUCCCCGAUGUGCUAUCAAUUACGGGAACCAAACUGAACUGACAUUAAUGGAAAUACUAGAACACGACAUAAAGACCACGAUUAUGGUCGCGAAGGUUGCAAAACGAUACAAAUCUGUCGGUGCGUUCACACCACCGAUGGCACCGAUAGGCCGACGACCGGUCGACUGUCUAAACUGGCGCACAGGGGCUCAGCAACAGUGGAUUCUGGCCCUCAAUCACGCCGUAGACGUACAGUAUAUACGGCUUACACUGUACGGCCAGAACUUGCGCGAUAUGUGGCUGAGACGGUUAAUUACUUUCAACGUGUUUCUCAAUAAUAUACGGGGCAUAGACUGCGCCCUCAAUAUGGACACAAUGGACAGUAUGGCAUACCAUAGCACUUACCAAAGUCACAACUACUUAACCCUUGAAUACCAGUGCGAGACUGACUUUAGCCGUAACCACACAAACAAAGUGCACGCAAUUGUCAUUAACUUUGCGCACAUUUCCAAUACAAUUAACAGAAUAUUAUUGAUAUCGCUGUGCGAUCUCCGU